UGACAGUUGCUGUCAAUGUGAAAUUUGUCAAAUAUUUUUGGAAAAUAUCUUGAAUUUUUAAGAUUUAUUGAUUUUCCUAGGAAAAUUAUUAAACGUAAUUUGCAUUGAAUUAAAAACUAAUAUAAAAUAUAUAUAAUGGGCAAAAAAUCUGUUGUUGCAUUUAUCAAAGAUUUUUAUUACGAUCCCUUCAAAUGGUCAGUGGUGAAGAGUGUUGGAUUUUUCACAGUUGGAGUUGUGAUUGCCAGCGAAUGUACAGGGCUUGAGCUAAUGCCAGCUACACCACAGUAAAGUUAAAAAUAAACAAUACCUCUAACUAAAUAAGCAAAAUAAAGUUAAAAAUGUUAUAUUAUUUAUUGUUAUUUUAUCUCACACAAACUGUGAUGUGUGAAAAACAACCAAAUUUUGUUCUUGUGUUAACAGAUGAUCAAGAUGUAGUAUUGGGUGGAAUGAAUCCAAUGAAAAAUGUUCGGAGAUUUAUUGCUGAGGAAGGUGUAACGUUUACCAACUCAUUCGUAUCCUCUCCAAUCUGCUGUCCAAGCCGCGCCAGUCUCCUCACAGGGUUGUACGUUCACAAUCACCUAACGCGAAACAACAGCGUAGCGGGAGGCUGUUAUGGAGAAAAUUGGCGCCAAAAUGAACAUCGAGUGUUUGCAAACGCACUGAAAAAUGCUGGAUACAAUACAUUUUAUGCUGGAAAGUAUUUAAAUGAGUAUGGUGUAAAACACGCCGAGGGUCCAAGUCGCGUGCCGCCUGGUUGGUCGGAGUGGCACGGUUUGGUCGGCAACUCUGUAUACUACAACUAUACUAUAUCCAACGAUGGUGUCCCCACACACUCCACUGACUUAUACCUCACGGAUGUUAUUAGAGAAAUCAGCAUAAACUACAUAGAAAAUCAGACAAAAUCACAACCAUUUCUUAUGGUGUUAGCUCCGCCGGCCCCACAUCAACCUUUCACCCCAGCGCCACGUCAUAAAGGCGUCUUCAGCAACGUUACUGCGUUGAGACAACCUAAUUUUAAUGUAGUUGCAGAGGACAAGCAUUGGCUAUUACGAAUGCCGCCGUCUCCCCUGCCCGAGUCAAUGAUGUCAGAGCUGGACAAAGCGUACCGUUCCCGCUGGGAGGCUUUGCUAGCCGUUGACGAAAUGGUAGCAGAUGUAGUGCAGGCAUUAGAAAUUAACGCGUUAAUGGAAGACACGUAUAUAAUAUUCACUUCAGAUAAUGGUUAUCAUAUUGGUCAGUUCUCCCAGGUCUACGACAAAAGACAACCUUAUGAAACAGACAUUAGAGUCCCCCUCUUAAUUCGAGGGCCAGGCAUAAAGAAGAACACACAAAAUCCCCAGCCAGUGACAAAUAUCGAUUUGGCUCCUACAAUUCUACAAUUAGCUGGCUUGGAACCUAAAAAAAUGGAUGGGCAUCCACUAGAACUAUUAAAAGAAGAGGAUAACAUGGAGAGGUUAAUGCUGGUGGAGUAUUAUGGAGAAGGAAGAGACGGCACUGUAGACCCGAAAUGUCCUUGGAUAUACGAUAGUGAUCAUCUUGCUGAAUGCCAUCCACUGUAUGAUUGCAAAUGUCAAGAUUCAAAAAACAACACAUUUGCAUGUAUAAGACAUAUAGCUGACCGGGUCAAUAUGAAGUAUUGUUUGUUUGCAGAUAAUGAGGUGAGAUUAUACAACUUUGCCGAAAUGUACGAUCUAUCAAAAGAUCCAUACGAACUGGAAAAUAUAGUAAACGAAGAGUUUCAAUCUAUUGUACUUUGGUACAGGAAUUCAUUAGUUCGUCUGCUAUCGUGUAAAGGCAGAGAAGAAUGUGACCACGUGAAUACUAAAAAAGACAGUAUCGAUACAUUUUAACUCAUAUCAUUCCAAUAAAGAUGAAAUAAUUA